GUGAUGCACACUGGGGCUGAUCAAGUGCUAGAAAUAUUCCAAAGUACUAGGUCUUCCGUAUCAGUCGUUAAAUACAUAUUUUCACCCGUUACUUGCCAUUUCACUGUAUGCCAUCAAGCUAGAGCUAACCGAAAAGCAUGUCUGCAGCAUGUCUCGAUGAACUGAUUUGUAUUGACUUUGGACCGAGGUUUUUAGACCAUGCAUCGACCUCCCUCCCCAGAUAGUGGCUUUCUCUUACAUCUUGCUCAGACUUUGUGUCUCGAAUAUGUCAUCCAAACUCAUACCCAGACCCCUCAAUGCUGACCUGCCUGCGGUUCGCACAGCUCUCGGGAUGGAGUAUACGCGGUUCAGUGACUGGAAGGAUGAUGUUCGUAAGAUUGCUGCGGAGCAUUUGGAGCUGGACAGACCACUCAGUCGCCAAACUUCUCGACAUUGGAAGAGAUUCCUGAAAGCGGUUUGCAAGCAAUUCCCGCGCCUGAUGCGAUUUGAGGACCAAUGGCCUCUUCGCAUCUACAUGAUCAAAUAUCUCGGACAAACAACUCAUCGCUGCAAACAUUCAAGCGGGAGCCCGCCAAGGGUGAAAAGACAUAAAAACCGCAAACAGACAUCCGCCGAACGCCGUGUUCGGUUUGUGCCGCCCAAAUCUGAGGAAGUCCAAGACUAUGCGUUGUCUAUGCGUGCAACAAUGUCUGCUGAGCCUACCCAAGGCGAUAACCGCAGACAUACCACAGGAGCUGUAGAAACCGACACAGAAGUAACGGAGAAUGACGCAGAAGUGAUAAACAACGACAUAACAAGAAGUCUCGAGGAGAUUAUCAAGUCGCCUGCAAGUAUUAGUGCAGGGUUAUCUAUUCUGCGGGCAGUAGAACCAGAACCACUGUCAUUCGGCGCACCAGAGGUGGACAAGCUAGACACAUUCUUACUGAUCCUCGAUCCGGCGCUGUUGGAAAUAGCUGAUCAGCUGCGAAAGGUGGGAAUACGGAGAGAAACCGAUCUCAUCAGGGCCUUCCACUUUCCGCAGAAGACACGAGAUCUCUUCUUUCAAGUCGAUGCAGGCCUUUCCAAAUACCACUUCACACUUCUCGAGGAAGCCUUGAAGGACGGUGAAAGGCGUGAAACAUAUAGUUUUUAGUAUUUCCGCUUUCAACGUGUCAUUACUGAGACACGCAUGAUUCGCGAUGUAUGUAUCCGAGGACGAAGCUGGUAUUGAUACAUGAUAGGAGGAACAAACUGGUA